AAUAUUGAAAAACCCGCUUAUUGUAAGGAGCUUAAACUUUGUGAACGAAAUAAAAUGAUGAGGAAGCAAUGUGCAAGUUUCUAAUUUACACAAUUUUUUGUUUCGUUUCCUAUCUAGGUAUUCGAUAUACACCGUGACUGUUCGUUUCGCAUCGUUGUCAGCACUGUCGUCAGUGCUGCCGCGGAAUGACAUAUUUGAAUUCGAGAGAGUGUAACGUAUUGUUCGAUUUGUUUUUCACCUGUUGCACUCUCCGGCUUUUCGUGUGUGACAGUUGUUCGUUCUCAGAAUGAUCGACACGGCUGACGUUUCGACGGAAGAUGGAAAAGAAGAAGAUGUGGGGAAAUCUGCAGAAAAAAUGGAUGAACAACGCAGAAAAACAUUGGCAUAUGAGUAUCUCUGCUACCUGGAAGGAGCGAAGAAAUGGAUGGAAGCUUGUUUGAGAGAAUUAUUACCUCCAACAACCGAGCUGGAGGAGAAUCUUCGCAAUGGAGUAUAUCUGGCUAAACUCGGCCAUUUUAUGGCACCUAAUAUUUUACCAUUGAAUAAAAUCUAUGACACUGAACAGCGCAGAUACAAAGCUGUAGGAUUGCAAUUUCGUCACACGGAUAAUAUAAAUUAUUUUCUCAAAUGCUUGGUAUCUACGCAGUUACCAUUGACAUUCCUACCGGAAACAACAGAUAUAUAUGACAAAAAGAAUAUGCCACGAGUAAUAUAUUGCCUUCAUGCCCUUAGCACACACUUAUUUAAAUUAGGUAAAGCACCACCAAUGCAAGAUUUAUAUGGAAAAGUAAAUUUUUCUGAUGAAGAGAUAGAUGCAGUUAGUAAAGAACUGCAAAAAUAUGGCAUUCAAUUGCCCCCUUUCCAAAAAAUAGGUGGUUUAUUGACAAACAGUAUUGCUACAGACACAGCUGCUCUUCAUGCUGCUGUGAUUGCAAUUAAUCAAGCUCUGAUAGAUAAUGAGAACGAUAAAAUUCUAUAUGCACUUCAAAGUAAAGAGGCACAAUUAAAUAACAUUAAAUCUGCUUAUAUCAAGGAAUAUACCGAAGCAUUAUUGGCUGCUAAAAGUGCAAAAACAGAGGCGUCACUUAAUAGAUCUCUCAAUGAUAGUUAUGUAGCAGAUGUAUAUGAUGAGCUAUUAACACAAGCAGAAAUACAAGGACACAUUAAUUAUGUGAAUGCUUCCUCUGCCCUGAAAGUUAUUGUUUCAUCUGUAUUGCGUGACAAUGCUGAAUUAAUUACUGCUUUAGGAGUAUCAGUAUUACCCUUCAAGAAUAUAGUUUCUGAGAAUGUUGAAGAUUACAAAGAACAACUCAUGCUGGUAUUGAAUGAAGAACCGUGGAACGAUACGUAUGCAUCUGAAAGCAUUCAGUACUGGACAGACACAUUUCAGAGAGCAAUUGACAAAGGAAACGAGAAUGCGCAGCGACGCCGCAAACGAGAGAAAACUAUAAAGCUGCUGAACAUGGCUUUAGAAUCUGCAGAUAAAGAGAAAUUUUAUGAGAUUUUAAAAAGUCCUUAUUUGGAAAUCUCUCAUUGCAUUGAUGAGUAUGCGGUUCCAUUGUAUUACCAGGAGAUGAAAGAUGAUCGUACAGAAUCUCAAACUGAUCUGAUUUAUAAUGACAUAGUGACUAGUGUACGUCUAUUAUCCAUUAUAGCUGCUAUUACCAAAGCAGUGGACACGGAAAAUCCAGAUUUUGUUUAUGAAAAGCUGUCAGAUCCUGAUGUAUAUUUAUCUGGAUUGGAUGAAUUAAAUAAAGUAAAGUAUGCUCAGACACUAGCGACGUUUCGACAGGUGAAACUAAAAACGUCCCAAGAAUGUUCUUUAUUAACUUAUAGCGACAUUCAACAAUGCAUCUAUACAGUGAAUGCAGAGUACGACGAAGGUUUUGAAGUUAUAAAGAUUUUACAGCAGAUAAAUCAAGCUAUAGUGACGAACGAUCAUGAGACCAUGAUGAGAGCCUUAGAAAUGAUAACUGACAAAUAUAAUAUACCCAAGGUUUCGCACAAUGCUUUGCUUUAUUUAAAGAUGUUUAAAAAGCGUUUAAUUGAGAAAGAUUCUGACGGAUCUGAGUUAUGGUUGGAUGACAUUAAAACUGUAGCAAAAACAGUUACAUCAGAAAUUGAAAAAAUCGAAAACGUGAUUGAAUUUUUAUACAAUAUCAACAUCUAUGUACAAGAUAAUAAUAUGACAGAAGCUCUCAAGUGCUGUAAAAGCUUUGAUAUGAUUGAAAAUUUUAAAGAGCUUACUAAAGAAUGUCAAAAGAGAUGUUUUCUAGCAUUGCGGCAAUUACAAGAGCGGAAGUGUAAAAUACAUAGUUGCCCAUAUAUUUUGUAUAUGACCAAUGAGAGAAAUGAAGUUUAUAUCGAUUUAAAAAGCAAAAGUUAUGCAUGGGAAUGUCCUGCAGAUAUUAAGAAAACUUAUCAUCUCACUAUAAAUGAUAUAAAUGAAACAAUUAAAUCUGUUGUAAUAGAGAAACGUCAGAAAAAUUAUGUAAUGUACGAUGAAAAGUUACUUAUUAGAUUUCAAAGUUGGAUUAGGGGAUAUCUAUUACGUAAAAAGAUUGCUGAUAGAUAUGCUUAUAUCAAUGAUAAUGUAAGGAGUAUUGUCAUGAUACAAGCAUGGUGGAGAGGCAUCAGACAACGUAACCGAUAUCAUAAAUUCCUGAAAGAAAGAGAGCGGCAAUUAAAUGCAUUAUUACAUCAUAAUAAAUUAUUAAAUACAAAAAUAAAUAAAAAUGAUAAAUUACAUCAGGAUAAGUUAUUAAAUGUUAAAAGAAAUAACAAGAAUGAUAAAUUAAAUCGAUAUAAGAAACAGGAAGACAAGAUAAUAAAGAUACAAGCUUUAUGGCGUGGUCGAGCAUCGAGAAAAGCCUUUCACGCGUUAUUGCGCUCGGAGAAACCAUCAUUCCCUGUGGUCAGGCAUUUUUCGACAGUAUUAGGUUUUAGCGCGGAGGAUUACGACAAGGAUUUAGAAUUACAAAAAUUAAAGCACGAGGUCGUUCAAUGUAUAAGGCACAAUCAGAAUUUGUCGGAGCAAUUGAAUAACAUGUAUAUUAAAAUAGGAUUAUUGAUACAGAACAGAAUAGCAUUACAGGACGUAGUAGCGCACGGCAAGAGCUUGGAUACUCUCGCAAAGGAACAAAAUGCGAACAAGAAUCAAAGCAUUUCAUGCGAUCCCGCCGCAACACCACACAAGGGUCUUAAAUCGUUAACGAAGGAAGGUCGUAAAAUGUUGGAGGGCUAUCAACACCUGUUCUAUGCACUGCAAACGAAUCCGCAAUAUCUCUCCAAACUGUUAUACUUACCACCUAGUAACAAAUCCAACAAGUUGUUCCUGAAAAACAUCAUCUGGACAUUAUUCAAUUUCGGAUCGAACACAAGGGAAGACUAUUUAUUGCUGAAACUCUUUGGUUAUGCAUUGAAAGAGGAGAUCAACUGCAAUUGUCAUCAGCCCUCCGACGUAUUGACUGGCAAGCCGCUGGUUCGCGAGAUGGUGGUCAAUUACGCGAAACAGUUUAAUGGUCAGGUAUCAUUGAAGCAAAUCGUCGGUUCGUUGAUUGAGAAGGUUUUGGAGGAAAAGGAUCUGUGCAUGGAGACGAAUCCGGUAGAUAUAUACAAGCUCUGGCGAAAUCAGCUGGAAAUGGAGUCUGGUAAGUCUCUGGAUAUGCCUCACACGGUGUCUCAGGAACAGGCGCUGAAACAUAUACCAGUCCAGGAAUCGCUUACGAGAGCGAUAAAUCAGUUGAAGAAGAUCUCUCUCGAGUUUCUCAACAGGAUAACGAGAUCCCGCGAUCUGAUUCCUUACGGGAUGUUAUAUGUGUCGAAGGUCCUCUACAGCUCGCUAACGGAGAAGUUUCCGCUUGCUCCCGAAAAGGAUAUCCUGAAGGCUGUUGGUAAUUUGAUUUAUUAUCACUUCAUCAACGCCGCAAUUGUAGCACCGGAUACCUUCGACAUCGUUACGUUACCAGUCGACAGAUCUUUGUCCUCCUGCCAAAGGAAGAAUUUAGCCAGUAUAGCCAAAGUGUUGCAAUUCUCCACUUCGAAGAAGGGUUUCGGCGAGGAGGCACCGCACUUGGAAUGUUUGAAUCCCUUUAUAAUUGCCUGCCAUGAAAAGUUCAAAGACUUCUUUCGAUAUUGCUGUCAAGUGGAGGACCUCGAAGAGCACUUUGAUAUUCAUGAAUAUACGGAGGCCACGCUUAUACAAAGUCCAGAGAUAUGUGUAUCUUUGCAAGAAAUAUGCGAGAUACAUGCCCUGAUGUUGAGAUAUGAAGACGUGAUAGCGCCGGAUCCAUCCAAUCCUUUGCACGAUUUGUUGGACGAUCUAGGACAGGUGCCAACUGUGGCAUCGUUAUUAGGAAUAUCCAACGCGGUGUACGAGAUGAAUUUGGCGCGAUAUAGCAAGCAAGAGGUAUGUCUAGUACUGACAAACAAAUUUCAAGUGCCACGAAACGACGACACGAAUCUGAACAAUCUCUUUGUGAAGGCAAAAGAAUUGCUUGUCUCGGUUAUUUCAUUCUUGAAAAAACCGACUCUGAUAGAAUCCCUGGAGAUCACUUCUUCUCCAAUGUGCGCGAAGUUUGAUUAUUCAUCCGUGUCGGCGACAAUUCGCGAGAGCUCGUCUAUAAAUGAUUGCAAGAUGCAAUUGCGCGCGUAUCUCAAUAAACUCGAGCUAGAAGGAUGGGUGACCCGUGUGGACGGUUAUCAAACGAUCGUGACCGCGAUAGCGAGGGAUAUUUGCAACAAGAACAAGUAUCGUAUUGCGAGGGAUAAGGAGUUGCAGACGCUGCGCGCCACCAAGAUGCGAUUAGACGAGAAAACGAGAUAUUAUCAGGAACAAGUCGAAUUCUAUAAUGAGUACAUAAGAGGUUGCCUUCAGAAUCUGCACAGAGGGAAGAGUUCGCUUCGCGCGUAUCAAGCGAUGCAAAAGGACACUCAUACCUUGUCCAAACUGCGAUCUAAAAUGACGGUCAAAUACUCUGCCUGGAAGCUGCAAGAGAAAGGCGUGUUGAUGGAGGUCGAUCAGACCCUGAGCCCAACGGAGAUGAAAAACGUGAUAUUUGAAAUAAGCCCGACGGAGCGCAAUGGCGUUUUCUCUGUGCGCUGCAAGUUCAUGGGCGUCGAACUGGAAAAACUCGACAUUAGUAUACAGGAAUUGCUCGAGCUGCAGUAUGAAGGUCGCUCCUAUAUGGACAUGUUCGGCAGAGCGAAAGUCAACAGAAUGGCUAGCACAACAUCAGUAAAUAUAGAAAGUGAUUCUACUAAAAAUGGAAGCAACGUGGAUAUGGAAAAGCAGCUUAAAGAGAGAGCUGAAAGGAAUCGUCAGAGAGCACUUUUGUUAAAAAAAUCUAAGAUUGUAACUCAUCCAUAUACAAGAGAAAACAGCGAGUCAAUAAAAGGAAGAUCGUUAAAACUUCAAGGACAGCGUGUUAUCGAUAGUGGUGGAGGCUUCCUGAUAGAAGAAAAUGAUGAAUUAGAACAACAAAUGCUGAAGAUUAGAACAGAGCCAGAACCUGUUAUCGGUAAAUUUAACGAGUGUGAGGAAUGCCAACAGAAAUUUGGGGAUUCAUAUCUUUUUCAAACAUUUGAUCUGGCUGUCUGUGAUAAGUGCAGAGAUAAAGAGGGAAAGCAUUCUUUAAUUACCAAAACAGAAGCUAAACAAGAAUACUUACUGAAAGAUUGUGAUCUCGAUAAGCGGGAGCCCGUGUUGAAGUAUAUUGUGCGAAAGAAUCCUCACAAUGUGAAUUGGGGCGAGAUGAAGUUGUAUCUUCAUUUGCAGAUAGAGCAAAGAGCUUUAGAAGUAUGGGGUUCGGAGGAGAAUCUGCUGAAAGAGAAAGAAGCUCGCGAUAUGAAGCGAGAGGGAGCCAAGAUAAAAAAAUUCAACAAAAAGAUCAAACAGCUGCGAAUGCAAGUGAGAAGCUCAUUGUACGAUAAGACGACAAAAGCAUCUCACACUCACAAGUUUGGGGAAGAUACAUAUAAUGAAGAGGAUGAUACUUAUACGCAUACUUGUACAAUGUGCGGUUAUGAAGAAACAUACGAAAAAAUGUGAACAUUAGAACACAGUAGAAUAUGCGAAUUAAUGUAUAUUUAAUAUCAUUAAUAUCAUUUUAUACGAAUUAAUGUAUAUUUAAUAUCAUUAAUAUCAUUUUAUACGAAGAUAUAAUUUUUGCUCGAACUUUCUACGAAUUUAUAGAUAAGUUUCUCGAAAUCGGUUUUCUCUCGGAAACUUAUUAGGGCUGUGUACAUGAUAUUUAUACCUCGUUGAGGGUUAUUUGAUUCAUACAACUCUUAUUACUUUACAAAAUAAAGUUAAAUAAAACGGUUUAUC